AUGCCGACACCCUUAGAGUCAGAGUCAGACCAGCCCGAACCGUCCACCUCUACUCCCGAACAGCCGGCUGAACCGACCAGCGCUGUGCCGACCAACGGCGACUGGCAGGCCAUCUUUUCGCCCCAGCACAACACGUACUAUUUUUACAACACCGUCACCUCCCAGACCACAUGGGAGAACCCUCUCAUCCCACCCCAACCCCAACCCCAACCACAACCUGAAUCAGCUUACGACGCCGCCCUCGCAGCAGGCAUCGAUCCCUCCCUUGCCUACCUCGACCCCACCCUCGCUGCCGGUCCCAGCGCCAGCAGUAGCGGUCCCUACACCGCCACCGCAAAGUUCAAUGCCCGCACAGGCCGCUUCACCGCCAACGACGCACGCGACCCGACCCACAUGUCAGAGUAUGAGCGCGCCAAGCGCAUGAGUGAGUUUUAUUUCGACGUCGCUGCCUGGGAGUCCCAGAGGGAUCGGGAGCAACAAGAGGAAGAGGCAGAGGGAAAGAAGAGGAAGAGGCCGAGUAAGAAGGAUUUGGAGCGCUUCAAGGAGCAAAAGAGGCUCAAGAAGAUUGCAAAGACUGCUUGGCUUCGAACUUGA